ACCUCGCGUUGUACGUGUAAUCAAGCGAUAACGCUACGCGAUGUACGAUUGUUUGGCCCACUGUUGGAUUGAUGGCGUAAAUAUUAGACUAUUUAAGACAGCAACACCUAAUCAAGUUACACAACGUGAAAACUGAUUUUCGUUGAGGGGAACUGCGAACAAAGAACAAAAAAAAUGAUUCUAUCAAAUAGAAUUCCCAGAGUCUUACUCUACGCGAUCGCGUGGAGAUUGUCAUCAGUAUUUCUAGUGCAAACAAGUGACGCACCAGACGAAUAUUGGCAGUCGCUGGAGGUUGCUCAUCGCCUAGCAUUUGGCUAUGGCUACUUGACCUGGGAGUGGCGAGAAGGAAUACGCAGCUACAUCUAUCCGUUACUGAUAUCACUGAUCUAUCGACUCCUUGGAUUUUUUCACCUAGAUUACACCACACUUUUAAUAAUCGUGCCUCGCAUCAUGCAAGCCCUUCUCUCCGCUUACGCUGAUUACAGAUUCUACGUAUGGACCAGAAACAAGUGGGCUCUCUUCAGCCUCUGCACUAAUUGGUUCUGGUAUUUCAAUGCCUCUCGAACUUUAGUCAACACCCUGGAGACUUCUUUAACGACAAUUGCCUUGUCCAUUUUUCCGUGGCGAGAUAAUAACUCUAAGAGCGUCAGCUAUCUUUGGAUCGUCGCGUGGCUCUGCGUAGUUAGACCCACUGCGGCUGUGAUAUGGGCUCCAUUAUGUCUGUAUCACCUUUUGACUACUGCGACCUCGGAAAGAGUAGCUCUCCUUCUAAGUUAUUUAGGAAUAGGAAUUACCACCUUAUUUAUAGCGAUCUUAGUUGACACCAUUGGCUAUGGAAAAUUCGUUCUAAGUCACAUAGAAUUUCUUCGUAUCAAUGUUAUAAAUGGCAUUAGCGAUUUCUACGGUACUAAGCCUUUUCUUUGGUACCUGGGCAUAGGAAUCCCAGUCAUCUUGGGCCUAUACUACUUGACAUUUUUAAUCGGUGCCUGGCAAGUCAUGCAACAUCCUGCCAAGUUUCAUAGACAGGCUGUUAUGUUAGUCGUUAUCGGAUGGACUCUGGCUAUCUAUUCGUUGAUACCUCAUAAAGAAUUUCGGUUUAUUCUUCCAUUACUCCCAUUCUUCAUCUGCGUCAGUAUUGGUCCCAUUUUGUCUGUGAGUAAGUCUGUGGCACCCUUUACGCGAAAAAUUUUUGUGACUGUUUUGGUGCUCACUAACUUAUUGCCAGGACUUUACUUCUCUCUGAUUCAUUCGCGAGGUUCCUUAGAUGCUAUGAAAAUAUUACGUCAGGAAAUUUCAAGCACAGAAAAUGAUGAUGUUAAUAUUUUAUUCCUUGUACCCUGCCAUGCAGCUCCCUUUUACAGUCACUUGCACGCUAAUGUAACAGCUAGGUUUCUGACUUGCGAACCAAACUUAAGCAACCAAGAUGACUACAUUGAUGAGGCGGCGAAGUUCUUUGCAAAUCCAAACCUCUGGUUAAAACAAACUUAUAGCAACACGAAAGAUACGGAGAUGCCUACACAUCUUGUAUUAUUUCACGAGCUUGCUCCAAAUAUUCAUCAAUUUCUUGACCAAUACCGAUUAAUCGCUGAUCUAUUUUAUGCUCAUAUCACACCAAAUAAUUACAGUCAGUACCUACUGAUUUACAAAAGGAUGUGAUUACCUUUAAUUCAAUUGCAUUGAUCGCUUCGUUUUAAGUAUUACCCUUGUCGUUUGACAACUUCGUAUCAAGACUAAGUGAUCAACAGUUCCUAAACUGCUGAUAUAUUCAGACUACUUAGUCAUCAUUGUGCAUUU